AUGCGUACAACAGCUCGUUCUACUCAGAGUUCUCGUUGCGGCCAGUGGGGGCGCAGUCUUCCGGAAUCACUGGAGGAAGCAGCUCCGUGUCCUGCAGAGACAGACAGAGAGACAGACACAGACAGAGAGACAGACACAGAGACAGAGACAGAUCUACAGAAUGGGCGUCACGUGUCAUCAGUGUGGAAAGACCUGUCGCUGUGUCGCUGA